AUAAAGACUCUAAAGAGAAGAAGGAGAUAUCCAGAGAGUCGUCCGAGCCCACCGUGAAAGAAGAAGGGGGAAGUGCAGAGGAACCCGUCAAGGAGGCGAAAAAGGAGAAGAAGGAGUCAUCCAAGGAGAAGAAGGAGCCGAAGAAGGAUUCGAGCAAAGAGGAGGUGAAGAAGGAGACAAAGAAAGAAACGUCCUCCUCCAAGGAGAAGAAGGAGUCGUCGUCUUCAAAGGAGAAGAAGGAGAAGGACAAAGACAAGGAAGGAAAGGAGGCCAGCAAGGAGACAGGGGACAAGAAAGUGCCCAGGAAGUUGUCGGUAAAAGUGAAAGAGAAGAAGAAGGAGCCCGAGGCUGGAGAUGUUUGACAGAAGCCGUGCAAUAAGAUCACAUGAUAUGCAUACACACACACACACACACACACACACACCUAUUUAUACAGAGUCCAUGUUAACGUACACAAGGACACACACGCAUUCACAUGUGCAGUCUUAGUAUAUAUCCUCAUGUAAAUGCACUAAGGCCACGUAUGGGGUGUCAGGAGCAGAGCAGUUUCUUCCCAGACACAUAUGUACAUUUUCAAGAAAUACAGAAAAGCAGGAAUGAGUCGUAACACCGGGAAAUGAGUUAGCAUAUUAGCAUUUCAGGUUUGUCUGGAAGUCAAUGGUUUGUUGAAGGUGUUUUUGGUAAGAAGUCUGAAAGAAGGUCUGUGGUUAACACAAGUUGAAGACAUGUUCACGUUUGUUUUAUGCCAUGAAAUACGCCAGUUCAAACCUCAUUGGUGAAAACAAGUGUCUAAAUUACAGUCUUAAACAUCAUGACGCUAACCAAGCCUUUAGCUUAGCACAAAUCUCUUCAGCUUCUAACCAAAAACACAUUGACUUACUUAUUAAUUUCUGGGUUUUGGGACUCAUUCCUGCACCACACACACACACACACACACACACACACACACACACACACACACACACACACACACACACACACACACACACACACACACACACACACACACACACACAGGAACACAUGCACACACACACACACACAUGAACACACACGUGUCCUGUCUCUCUCUUCCACAUGCUCUACUCUUGGUGUGUUUACGCUGCGGGGGAGGAUGAAGUCUAUAAAUCUUCCUCCUCCUCUCCUCAGACAUUUCGCUGACUCUCCUUCUUCCUCAUCCUCCUCCUCUUCGUCUUCGUCUAGCCCCAACCCACAGUUUUUCUCCGCCUCCCUAAUCCCAGUCGAGCCCCAAACCUCCCCCGCCUCGCCGCUAAGAAUGUCUCAAGGCCACAUCCUUCAGCCACCACCACCCCCUCUGACCUCUGGAGUUUUUUUUAUCUGGGACACUCGAGGACACGGGAAUCGAACCUGUUCCUGCCCCGUGGAAACCAGGAUGGCGUUUUCUGGAGAAAGAAAUACAGACAAGAGCCGGUUUAACACCUGAGGAUGUUUACUGCUGAUCUUGAAGAACACCACGAAGGAGAGGCUGGAUAAUAAAGACACUCCGAGGCAUUUUCUUUGCUCCAUUUGAUUGGUCCUGAGAGAUGGUUGCUACUAAAGGCAGUGGAAGAACAGUCUUUCCGCAGCAAAUAACAAUAAGUUGUUUGCUUUAGAAUAAAGGAACCAACUGAUGUUAAAAGAUCUGUUCUUUCAAAUUAAAAGCAUUGUUUAUUUUCUUGUAGAGGUGUCUAGCCGUGCAGAUAGAUAGCUGCUGUUUGAAUAUCAAAGAUGGCAUCAGAUUGACUAGAUUGUACAUGAUAGGCUAAGGGGGCGGGACAUCUCUAAGCGGUUGACCAAUCACAACCGAGCCGACCAGCUAACCAAUCAGAGCAGACUGGGCUCUGGUUUCAGACUCUUUAAAGUAGAGACACUACAUACUGAUAUACACCUGAACAUGAGCAGGAGAGGACUCUUUAAAGUAGAGACACUACAUACUGAUAUACACCUGAA